AUGCCCCCCAACGUGCAGAGCGAGUUGGCACGGGACCAGUUCAUCAGAGCCCUCCUUCCUCUGGAGCUGCGGGUUCAAGUACAAUUACAGCACCCAAUUUCUCUUCAGUCGGCUUUGGAGAUGGCCGUGGAGAGGGAAAUCGUGUGGGGCGCGGUCGCUGAAGGGGGCCCAAGAGGGAGUAAUCCGGCAGGGGGAGCAGCCCGGGGCCUGGCGGCAGAGGAAAAGCCGGCGUGGGCGACAGAAAUUACGGAACUGAUAAGGGCCGUAUCACUGCAGCCGUCACGCAUUCGACAGCGUCCCGACCAAAGAGCCUCUGUUCCAGAAACGGAGGGGCCACGUCAGCACAGGCAGGGGAGCCAAGACCCACUUCCCCCAGAAGCAGACGUCAUCGAAGCUUCAAGGACGGCGGUGGUGGUGGGUCGACUCUGUGACGGGGAUUCAUGCUACAUUCCUGUGACCGUGGAGGGGGAGGCGUGUUCGGCCCUGGUGGAUACCGGUUCAUCAGUGACGGUGCUCAGACCAGACGUGUGCCCGGAGUGGAUUCGGUUGGAGCCCACUGACGUGCAGCUGCGCACGGCCACAGGGGGGCUGGCCCCGAUGAAAGGUUGUCGACUCGAUCUGGACGGGGGCACGGUGAGCUUCCGAGGGGGGCCUGUGAUCGCUUUGUUGCCCACUGGCUCCGGUUCGGGGCCGCCCGUGGGCCCAGGCCCAGUCACGACGACUGGAGGGGGGGGUGUCGCCGCCGACCUUGAGGGAGAUAUGGCUAAAGAACCGGGAGGGGAGCGGUUGUGGCAGUUGCUGCUGGAGUUCCAAGACAGUUUUGCUAUGGGGGAGGAUGACGUGGGCCGGACUCCCUUGGUGCUACACGAGAUCGACACUGGGGAGGCCAGGCCUAUCAAGUGUCGGCCGCGUCGUCUCCCUUUGGCACGUCAGGAGGCGUGUGACCAAGCGGUGGAGGACAUGCUGCAGGCAGGCGUAAUUGAGCCUUGUGACAGUCCUUGGGCGUCCGCUGUCGUCAUGGUCCCCAAAAAGAACGGCACCUGGCGGCUCUGCCCAGACUACAGGCCGGUGAAAGGGGUGACCAAAAAAGAUUCGUACCCGCUGCCACGCAUCGACGAGUCUCUGGACUUGGUCCCGGGAUCGUCCUGGUUCUCUGCCUUGGACCUCCGCAGUGGGUACUACCAGGUGCCCCUCUCCCCAGAAGCAAGACCCAAGACAGGGUUCUGCACGGGCCGGGGUUUGUGGCAGUUCCAAGUCCUUAGUUUUGGACUGUGUAAUGCUCCAGCAACCUUCGCCCGCCUGAUGGACCGGGUUUUGUCAGGCAUCCCCCGCAAACAGUGCCUGGUAUACUUGGACGAUAUCUUGGCGCAUGGCAGCUCCUUUGACUCCGCCCUUGAGUCCCUGCGCCGGGUGCUGGAACGGAUCCGUGCAGCGGGCCUGAAGCUGCAUCCAGAUAAGUGUCACUUCAUGCGCAGAGAGGUACAGUUCUUGGGGCACACAGUGGGGGGGGAGGGCAUCAGCACAAUGGAAGCGAAAGUGCAGGCGGUUGCCGACUGGCCCACCCCGGCUAAUCAGAGGCAGCUCAAGAGCUUCCUGGGCCUGUCUUCCUAUUACCGGAAGUUUGUGCGGGGUUUUUCAUGCUUGGCUGCUCCUCUUUACAGGCUGCUACAAAAGGACAGUGUCUUCCUGUGGACUGAGCAGUGCCAGGGGGCGUUCACCAGCCUCCAGCGUGCCCUGAGCGAGUCCCCCGUGCUGGCCCCAGCUGACCCCUCGCUGCCGUUCAUGCUGGACACCGAUGCUAGUGGCGUCGGGGUGGGAGGGGUGCUCUCCCAAGUGGGGCCUGAUGGGAGAGUGGUGGCGUACUUUAGCCGGGCCUUUAACAAGGCGGAGCGGCGUUACUGCGUUACCCGCAGAGAGCUCUUGGCCGUAGUGCUCUCCAUCCGUCACUUCAGGUACUACCUCUGCGGCCUGCCUUUUACAGUGAGGACCGACCACUCUGCUCUCCAGUGGCUCAUGACCUUCAAAGAGCCGGAAGGGCAGGUGGCCAGGUGGUUGGAGGAACUCCAGGCCUACGUCUUCAAAGUGGAACACCGGAAUGGAGCCCGACACACCAACGCCGACGCACUCUCUCGGCGGCCCUGCGCUGCCGAGGGAUGUCGCUGCUGCGAGAGGAAGGAGGCCCGCGAGAGAGAGCUGCGGGCAGAGGAGGAGGGAUGCGCCGCGGUGCAACAGUUGGAGGUCGUCUGCCGAGGGUUGGAGACCAUAGAUGGAGGCGAUUGGAGAAAGCAGCAGGAGCAUGAUACCGACCUUCAGCCGGUGUUGCAGUGGGUGGAGGCGCAGCGAAAACCACCGUGGGAGGAGGUGGCCGCCCUCUCCAGAGAUGUCAAGGGACUAGAUGUCGAGGACUUUUGCCGUCGGUGUGACCCCUGCACCGCACGGAAGGGCCCCACCGGGCGCUCACAUGCUCCCCUUCAGCAGUUUCUGGUAGGCGCACCUAUGGAGAGGGUGGCGGUGGAUGUGGUGGGGCCGCUGCCCCGCUCGGUCCGUGGCAACCGCUUCGUUCUCACUGCCAUCGACUACUUCUCCAAGUGGCCCGAAGCCUAUGCCAUCCCCGAUCAGGAAGCCGAGACCGUGUCCGACGCCCUGUUGGAGGGCAUGUUCAGCCGUUUUGGGGUGCCAGAGACAUUGCAUAGCGACCAGGGGAGAAACUUCGAGUCCCGGGUGUUAUCCGCUAUGUGUGAGCGCCUGGGCAUCCAUAAGACCCGCACCACUCCCCAGAGGCCGCAGAGUGAUGGACUGGUGGAGCGCAUCCUCACCUCCCAGCACCAGAGAGACUGGGAUAACCACCUUCCCCUGGUUCUCAUGGCUUGCCGCACCGCCGUGCAGGAGUCUACGUCAUGCACGCCGUCCCUUCUCAUGCUGGGAAGGGAGCUUCGUACCCCGGCGGAGUUAGCGUUCGGUCGUCCACCGGAUGCCCCAGACUGGUCCCCUGGCCCUGAGUAUGCCAGGAGACUCCAAGACCGCCUGGAGUCGGCCCACCUAUUUGCCCAGGAGCAACAGCAGAGGGCAGGGGUGAGGCAGAAAAGAAAUUAUGACAUAAAAAGCAAAGGCCGGCAUUUCCAGGCGGGAGAGCUAGUUUGGGUGUUCAAUCCCCAAAGGAAGAAGGGGAGAUGUCCUAAACUGGACAGUCCUUGGGUGGGCCCCUGUCGAGUUCUGGAGAGGCUGGGUGAGGUGGUGUACCGGUUGCACCUACCACCUAAAGGAAGGAGGGUGGCACUGCACAGAGACAGGCUCCGUACCAAGGGGGUGCCUCCCCACUGGCCCAGGGGGGUCCCGUUACCCCUCGCUGCCGCCCUGCCGCCUCAAAGCCCACCCCCCCGGCCUCGGUCUGACGCCUUUCCCCCAACUGCCGGGGAUAACCGGCCCUCCCCUGUGCUGAAGACCCCGUACCCUUUACACCGGAGUCCCGGGGAGGGGGCUCUCGACGGCCCAGGGGGCCACCAGGGCACUUAA